GGAGGGAGUGAGAGAAGGCGGAGGAGACGAGGGUGGAGAAGAGGAAGAGGAGGAGGAGGAGGAAGCGGAGGUGACAGCCUCCUGAAUGAACCUGCCCACUGGAACGCAAGGCUGUGGCGCAGACUGCUGAGAUGCUGCGACGUGUUUCGAAGUGCGCGUGCGCGUGUGUGCAUGCGUGUGUGUGAGAGGGAGAGAGGAUAAAAUGACUUGACUCAGUGCAGAGAGAGUUCACAGCGUGUCCAGGCUGCGGACAGAGCGCAAACCAUUUCUGCGACUGUUCCACGGCGCACACCCUGUGGGUUGGUCGUGUACGAUUUAAAUGAACAUUGUAAACUCAAUGUUCUGGGAAGAAUGGCUCUGGUAGAUGAAUCGAGGAAACUUGGGAUCUCCGUGACCAUGGAUGAGACACCUCAGGGGGUUAGAGCUGCGACCACCAGUGCUCUGUUGCUGGGCUGUAUAACUCUGCUGCUGUCCCUGCACCUGUGCCGCUGGCUGCGGCAGUGGUCAGUCCCGGGUGUGCCCGGUCCCUUCCCCUGGCCCGUCAUCGGGAACGCGUCACAGCUGGGCAAAGCGCCGCACUUGUCUCUGACGCGCAUGGCGCAAAAGUACGGCAACGUCUUCCAGAUCAAGCUGGGCUGUCGCAGCGUGGUGGUUCUGAACGGGGACUCCAUCAAAUCGGCCCUGAUCAAGCAGGGGAAGGAGUUUGCAGGCAGACCGAAUUUUACUUCUUUCCAGUUCGUGGGGAACGGGAACAGCCUGGCGUUCAACACCGUUACGGACUGGUGGAAGCUGCACCGCAGGGCGACCCAGUCCACUGUGCGCAUGUUCUCCACGGGGAACCCGCAAACCAAAAAGACUUUUGAGCAUCACGUUCUCUGCGAGGUGAAGCAGCUGCUGCAGCUCUUUCUGCUGAAGACCAAGGAGCAGGGCUACUUCCACCCCAUGACCUUGUUGGUGGUCUCCACGGCCAACAUCAUGAGCGCAGUGUGCUUCGGGAAGAGGUACUCCUAUGAUGACGAGGAGUUUCGACAGGUGGUGGGCAGGAACGACCAGUUCACGGAGACCGUGGGGGCAGGGAGCAUCGUGGACGUGAUGCCCUGGCUCCAGUACUUCCCUAACCCCGUCAAAACUAUGUUUGACAACUUCAAGAGCCUCAACCGGGACUUCAGUCAGUUCAUCGGAGAAAAAGUGUUCGAACACAGAAAAACCAUCCAGUCCAGUGUCAUCAGAGACAUAACUGACAGCUUGAUACUGGCACUGGACCAUCUGAGAGACAAGACAGGGGUUUCGGAGGAGAAGGACAUUGUGACAUCCACUGUUGGGGACAUAUUUGGGGCCAGUCAGGACACACUGUCUACUGCACAGCAGUGGAUCAUGCUCAUCCUUGUCAAGUACCCUGAGCUGCAGACACGUCUUCAGCAGGGGGUGGCAAAGGUCGUGGCCCGCAGCCAACUCCCGUCCUUCUCCCCCCAGCCACAGCUGCCUUACGUCAUGGCCUUCAUCUAUGAGGUUUUCCGCUUCACAAGCUUCAUCCCUCUCACCAUCCCCCACUCCACCACCGCAGACACCACGUUAAUGGGCUACGCCAUACCCAAGGACACAGUCAUCUUCAUAAACCAGUGGUCCACCAACCACAACCCAUCCAUUUGGCAUCAUCCGGACGUCUUUGACCCCGAGCGAUUCCUGGACCAACAAGGCGCCUUGAACAAAGACAUGACUAGCUCCGUGCUCAUCUUCUCUCAGGGAAAGCGGCGAUGCGUGGGUGAGGACCUGUCCAAGCUGCAGCUCUUUCUCUUCACGGCCCUUCUCAGCCACCAGUGCCACAUCACUGCUAACCCAGCCGUGCCACCCAAGCUGGACUACAACUACGGCCUGACUCUGAAACCUCACACUUUCUUCAUAGCCGUGACUCCAAGAGGAGAGACGUCCCUUCUGGACAGAGAGGUCAGCAGCCCAGACCACAACGAGGAGACAACUUCAGACUCACAGACUAAAGUUGACACAGAAACAAAUGAAGGACGACACUUUUAACACAUGAACUAAAGCAUGCUUUUGUGGGCAGAAACUGUAUUUAUAAGCUGAGAUCUAUAAAUUAUUAUAUAUUUUACACAUACAGCAUAACACUGAGUACUGAUCACUGGGAUAUUGUGUUUUUUUGUAUUUCAACAGACACAGAUGUCAACACCAACUUUCCACAGGUGACAUAAACAGCGGUUCAUCUGAGCAUUUAACCCAGUCUGACUGAAGAGUUCAGGGAUGCAACACAAACUUACUCUACCUUUACAAACUGAAGCUCUACUGCUGCCCAGACAGUAUAACACUUAUGGCUCACAUCCAUCUUACAACCAGCAACACAGGAUCUUUUCAGCCUGGUCCCCAGUCACAUGCAGUGAUGGUCAGUUUGAGGGAAAAAGAUUAAAUUGAUUUUUAUGCUUA